AUGAGCACCGAGAAACUUUCACUGAAGGCACGCCGGUUCGCCGUCUUUCCUCUCUGUUGGGCCCUUGCUCCACUCAUCUCGAGUCUGGCUGGCCGCUCCUGGUCGCGCUGUACGGCCUUCGCUUCAAGGGAGCUGUCCCUCAUGAAGAUUGAGCAAUGGACGAGUCUACAGUUCUACGAGCUGGAGGUCGAGCUCCACCGUGUCUGCCGUGACAGCGAAGAAGUUGACUGCUUUGCGUCGGGGGACGUCCGCUGUGCCAGUGAGAGCGUUAAGACGCCUCUCACUGGCGAACUGCAGUUCAAGGACUGCAAGGAGAGCGUCAAGACUCGUGAGCGCCUGAGAGAGCAACCUGACGUCGUCCACUGUCGCUGCCGAGCAUCCUAUGACUUCCUGAUCGACAAAGCAGCUGGAAACGACGAGAUGGAGGCUAUGUGGCGGAAGGCCAAGGCAGUGGGCAUCAAGUUCUACGUCACGGCGAGUCUGGCUCUUUUCUUGACGGUUGUGGCUUGCUGUGGCUUUGGAUGUCUGGAGGCCGCUAUCCAGUCUCGGAAACCCCUUAAAGUGAUUGACCUGUCCAUGGCAGCUGUGCUGGGCGGCGUCUUGCUUCUCGUGCUGUACGGAUUGCUGUCCUUUCGUUCCGCUCGUGGUUCUGUUAGCAUCGUCUCCAAAGAUGAGCUGCAUGAAACGAAGUGGACAUCCGGACCGGCGGUGUGGAGUGGCAUCUCUGUUCUCGUUUUUCUCGGCUUUGCGCUCUGGAUCUACUUCGGUGGAGUGCUAUCGGAUGUGUGUGACGGCAGUACACAGAGGACGGCGCUGCCACAGCACAACGUCCCUCCGAUGCCACAGCAGAACGUCCCUCCUGAGGUAGUGGGGAACCCGCAGGAUUGCUGA